GAUCAAACAUAAUCACUAUAAUCAUACACUUUGACGAUUUUUUCUAAAUUAAUACUUUGCAGUAUAUCAGUGUCCCAAACUUCGGAUUUCGACAUUUGGUUACCAAGUAUAAAACUAGCGGACUGCGUGGCGGUUUCCGGUGUCCGUUUGAGGAUGGCGUUUGGGUCCAAUCGCAUCUCUGCCAUCGCUAAUCUUCGAGGGCCAAAGAAUCUCGAAGGUUGCCGACUCCCGUGUUGAGAAGGGAUCAAAAUCCACACCUAGUCUCUCUAUGCUACAACACCGAUUUUAAGGGACGUUUGUAAUCCGGGAUAUAACAAUCAAUUCCUGACAAUCAUAACAUUGCAUCCUCCGAUAGAACGACAGAACCUGAGUGGAAACUGAAUCCUUACAUGCGUAGUGGAAGGAUGACGGAGGCGUGGCAGCAACAGCAGCAUGCAGUGGCUCCACCCUCCGUGGUGCACACCCUUCCCCAGUCUUCAGACAACCCUCUGGGCUGUGCUGUUUAUGGAGUAGUCCUGCAGCCAGACUCGUCCCUACAGCAGCCUCAGCAUAGCCAGCAUGGGCAGCAGCACGCCGUGCCAGCCCAGCAGCCCUCCUUACAGGUGGGGGGCGAGAGAGGGCACAAGUGUGGCGCCUGCGGCCAUGAUAUCUCUCACCUGGCUAACCCACAUGAGCACCAGUGCAUGGUGAGCCAAGACAGGUCCUUCCAGUGCACUCAGUGUAUGAAGAUUUUCAGCCAGGCGACGGAUCUGCUGGAGCACCAGUGUGUACAGGUGGAACAGAAGCCGUUUGUGUGUGGUGUGUGCAAGAUGGGCUUCUCCCUGCUCACCUCUCUGGCACAGCACCACAACUCUCAUGGCAACGGCAACAAUCCAAUGAAAUGUUCAAUCUGUGAGAAGACCUACCGUCCGGGCUCUGGGAACGUCACGCCAACCUCCUCUGCUGCAAACCCUCAGCAGCCCUCAACUGGGGAGACGUCCGCCAGCGGCGCGGCCAUCAGCGCCUCGUCCCCCCCAGCGUUUGAGGCCUCUGCACCUGACCGGCCCUACAAGUGCUCGGUGUGCCACAAGGCGUUUCGGCAUCUGUCUGAGCUGACCCGUCACGAAAGGGUGCACACCGGCGAGAAGCCGUACAAAUGUGACACGUGCGAUAAAAGUUUCAGCCAGUCGUCUCACCUGGCCCACCACCAGCGCACCCACAGCUCUGAGCGGCCGUACAAGUGUGCCGUCUGCGAGAAGAGCUUCAAGCACCGCUCCCACCUCGUGCGCCACAUGUACGCCCAUUCUGGCGAGCACCUGUUCAAGUGCAACUUGUGCGAGAUGCACUUUAAGGAGUCGUCGGAGCUCCUGCACCACCAGUGCCAGCCGAUAGGCGAGAGGCCCUUCCGCUGUGGCUCCUGUGGUAAGAGUUUCAAGCGCCCCUCCGACCUGCGGCAGCACGAGCGCACACACUCCGAGGAGCGCCCCUUCCAGUGCGAGGAGUGCCAGAUGAGCUUCAAGCAGCAGUACGCCCUGGUGCGCCACCGGCGCACUCACAAGAACCCCGCCGACCGCCCCUUCAAGUGCAACCUGUGCGACAAGGGCUUCCUGCAGCCCUCCCACCUGCUCUACCACCAGCAGGUCCACGGCAUGGAGAGUCUAUUUAAGUGUGCGUCCUGCCAGAAGUCUUUCAGCCAAUCGGGAGAGCUGCUGAGGCACAAGUGUGGUGGGGAGGUGGAGAAGCCGUACAAGUGCGACGUGUGCGGUAAGGGCUACAAGAAGAACUCCACGCUGCAGCGGCACCAGAAUUCCCACUGUACCGAGAAGCCCCUGAAGUGCUCCCUGUGCGACCGGCGCUUUGUCUCGUCCUCCGAGUUCGUCCAGCACCGCUGCGACCCCACCCGCGAGAAGCCCCUGAAGUGCCCCGACUGCGAGAAGCGCUUCAAGUACUCGUCGGAGCUGCAGCGCCACCGCCGCGUCCACACCGGCGAGAAACCCUUCAAGUGCGCCAGCUGUGACAAGAGCUUCAAGCAGCGCGAGCACCUGGCCAAGCACCAGAGCGUGCACUCGCGGGAGACCCAGUUCAAAUGUGUGUGGUGCGGCGAGCGCUUUGUCGACCUGACGGCCCUGCAGGAGCACACGGUGCAGCACACGGCCGAGGGGGAUAGCUUUCCCGCUCCUCCCUGCAUCCCAUGAUGAUUCCAAGACGUGAGGCACUGCGUCCGGGCCCCUCGGUUACGAUGUGCAGUGUUACCCUUGAGGCGCAGUGGGCUUUCGUCUGCCACCACAUUCAUAGUCUUUCAUAUAACCUGCACCUGUUUUUUGAAUUUAGUAUUUAUUGUAACAUUUUAAUGUUUAAAGAUUAGGUCCGUCCCACAGUUAAAAUAAGAAAAAAAAUGCCACAAGCCCUAGAUCCACGGGGAAUAUUAUUGACAUCAUAGCCCUCCCCAGUCAUUAGGAAGUCAUGAAGGACUUAAAAGUAGUUUAAAAAGGCAUGUAAUGUUGAAUGAGAGAACAUCAUAUUUUGUUUGCAGUAAAGUGUGGGACCUUAUGUGCUUGCAUGUGAUUGUAUGUUUUGUGAUUGGUGAUUUCUUAAUCAAGUAAAAAAAAAAUCAUUUUAGACUAGUAGGCAAUUCCUGCCCAUGUAAAAAUGUUAGAAUUUCAUGUGCCUUUUUAUCAAUUUUAUUUGUAUUCAAUUACUUUACACUCGCUUCUGCUACAGCCAAAAACAACCCUUAAACAUUAAUACAGUGACUGGCUUGCUUAACUAUCCUUUCACGUAGACCUAGAUAUUACCAUUUGUUUGUGCAUGAAUAUUUAUCAUACUUUUAACAUAACUGCUGUAUUAUAUUUAAAAAAAAAAGUUUCCUUCUAUAAAGAAUCCCUAGAAAGAAAAAAAAAUCAUGAAACUGUAUAGCCUGUGUCUUAUCUGUGUUGAUGCAUCUUUGUAUUAAAAUAAAUGGCACCUACGUAACUAAUCCAUACGUAUCAUGCCAUACCAACACCUGCCAUGUGCAAUAGACCAUGCAUAAUGUAAUAUUUAUGACUACUGUCUACUCUUUGUUUCAAUAUAUUAUAGAUUGUGUGUAUAAGCUCAUGUAAACAUUGAAACAUGUAUAGUGAUUGUGUUACCUGCUUUUCUAGCCACUAUGUACAAGCUUGCUGUAUUUUGCAAGCAUAUUGGAGAUACAAGUCCAAACGAGUUAUCACAAGAGGUUACGAUUAUUUGCAAAAGGCUAUGUUGGCAGACUUGCUACAUUACGUUACUGUGUGGUAGAAGCCACUUUUAUUUUUAAAAACUGAUCAUGUUAAGUAUAUUCUCACAAGUCCACACUGUCCCUUGGCUAGCACAUUACAAAUUACUUUAUUCUCAGUUGCCUAAAAAUUGUGGGUUUGUGUCUUUUACUGAGGAUGAAGUCUAAGUUUGUAUCAUAGUUCAUUCUGUGCAUUUCCAGAUUAAAUUAAAUCUUUUCUUGCACUGAUAAUAAUUCCAAGUGAUUGACAACAGGAAUGAAGAAGAUGAGGAAUGAAAACAAUAGUUUCAGUGCAGAUGCUCCAACUUUUUUUCUGGUGGGAGAAGAGCAGUGACGCAUUAGAGCUUUCAGUGAUAUGUAAUCAAUAUACAUUAUCUUCACUGUAUACAGACAGCAAUUAAAAUAAACCACAGUAUCAAAACGAA